UUCUUUUUUCUUUUUUUUAUUCAUGCAUAUUGUCCAUCAUGACCUUCCGUAGGUUUUCUAACAGUUCACGUAAUGCAUUGUGGGUAGGUCAGGAACAGAGAGGACGCCAUGUGCUAUUGAGGCAGGGCUGCGGGAAGAGGACCUGGCUGUGACAAUUUCGGACUCGGUUGCUGUUGGACUGGUGUAAAUAAGCUCUAGUUGACGUUAGCAUGUACUGUACCAGACGCUGCCUCCGGACCGCGCUGCGGGCCGCCGCCAACACGCACCGGGAACAUAUUCAGCGGCAGGUUCCAGCUUCAUGCGCUCUCAGACUUCUCAAAACAAGUCCUGCCACUCAUUCAGAAGCCAUCGCCAGCCCGCCGCUAGACGGAGCCCCCAAACAGUAUUCCCCCAAAAUCCAGCAGCUGGUCAAUGACAUAGCUAGCCUUACUCUGUUAGAGGUGUCGGACCUCAAUGAGCUCCUCAAGAAAACUCUGAACAUUCAGGAUGUCGGAAUGAUGCCAAUGGGGGCAAUGGCUGCUUCCGGUGUACCUGCAGCUCAGGCCACAGAAGAGGAGGAGGCACCAGUUAAGAAAGAGAAGACUCACUUCACAGUGAAAUUGACAGAAUUAAAUGCAGCAGAAAAAGUAAAGCUUAUAAAGGAAGUCAAGAACUGCAUCCAAGGCUUGAAUCUGGUGCAGGCUAAGAAACUAGUGGAGUCUCUUCCCCAGGAAAUCCGGGCCAACGUUUCCAAAGAGGAGGCAGAGAAACUGAAAGCAGCACUGGAGGCAGCAGGAGGCACCGUGGUGUUGGAGUAAAUCUGUGCACCAGCGUGCCCACCCGUUCUGCCAUUGUGCUGCUCAUGCACUUCAUCCUUCAUAAAGUUAUUUCUUUUUUUUACUUGAUGACGAGGAGGAAUCUAACGGUAAAGGAAACGAAAAUGCCUUCUUCCAUCAGUACCACCUCCCAGCAGCGUCCAGUGGGAUGGUACAACGAGUCAGACUGAACUUUCCAGGGACACAGCCUGAACAAAUGACCCCCCGAUGUUUGCUCGUGUGUUUGUUUCUUUCUGAUGUUUGUGUAGCAAACGAGCUACAAUUCUCCUGGUCUGGGUGCCGCACAAGUCGGUGAUAAAUCUGUGUAGGCUUUCCCUAUAGCAGCAUGGUUACAGAUACUAGGGAACACCAGAUACUGUAUCUAGCUCAGACAAUGGCAAGGCUGAGUCUUUAUUUUGCUCAUCAGUAAUGUGAUUAAAGUUGGAACUUGACUUUCUUCUUUUAUUUGGCAUUUAUUGAUUUUUGUGGUUGUGAUAAAAACAAACUUCAUAACAAAGAAUUGAAAGACCUCAUUAGACUGUGUUGUGUUGCUUUGCAGAGACUAGAAAUGAUACAUUUUUACUACUAAGGAACAUUUUAUCUUUCAGAUGACUUGACGUGACGUGAUGCCGCUGACCACUAGAGGUCACACUGCUUCUCUGGAAGAGAUGGUUUGAUAUAAAUAGUUAAUUUAUUUCCAAAGUCCAAUUUUAAUUCCUCCCUGUGGCCUUAAUCUUUGCUCUCUGUGGAGGUAGAGUGUCCCACUUGUGUUAGUGCUCAAGCAGUGCCUACUAUACCGCCUCCUAAAGGUGCACAAAAGUCUUUGAUUCAGGGUCACUGGAAAGGAAUUAAAACAUACUUUGUUUGAAGACAAACACAUUCCUGUCAUGAAGGAGAGGAGCAUCAUGCUAAACCUUAACAGUAGGAACGAUAAACUGCAGUUUGGUGGUAUUUUAAAAUGUUAAACCACCAGCUCUAAAAGAUUUUUGUGAUGCCAGUAUGUAGUUUGGUUAAUAAGUAUUUUAUAACCUGGAUGUCUCCACACUCCAGUUCCUGCUCAUUUAGUUUUCUUCAUUAAUCUGAAAGUGGAUAGAUCACCUGAUUGACACAGAUCCAGUUCUGCCUCAGCAGCUGUUAGUGUCCCAGUAAGAGCCACACUCCUUAAGAUGAAGGAACAAGUGUAACCUUUUCGACUGAAAUGUCAACACAAGUUUAAAAAUCCUCCGUUGUCAUUUGGAAGGUUUUGCUGUUGAGGCAUCUUCGGGGAAACAUUUGAAUGUGUAGAAAGACUAUAGAUGUUCACGAUCUAUUACUGUAUGUAUGUGUGCUGAGAAAUGAUUAUAAAACAGACACAAUGAUGAGCUCAGAGCUG